AUGGCCAGUCUCGGCUGUCCUCCCACCCGCCUUCAAUUCCAUCCCUCGUUCCCUCCCUGCCCCUGUUCCGUGCUUUUCAUCCCGUUCUCUCUCCCCUCCCUUCCACCUUCAUCUCCUCUUGCUGCUGCCAAGGCACUCUCCCUCAAUUCCACUUUCUUCCCUCCAACAUCCGCCCCUUCCGCUCCUCCCCCCUGCCCCCUCCACCUCAAACUGGUCCUUUCCCCAGGCCUGGAGUCUGGACCAUUUGGGGUGCUGCACGACGGCAAGAAGGCCUAUCCCCAGGCUAUCGAAGCAUUGCGCCAGCUGGCAGCGUCUGGUGCCAAGGUGGUGCUUCUCAGCAACUCGUCGCGCAGGGUGGAGGUGGCUUCCAAGAGGCUUCCAUCUCUGGGCUUUGACCCGUCGCUCUUCUGUGGAAUCGAGACGAGUGGGGAGAUCACACACCGGCAUCUGAUUGAUCGCUCCCUUGACACCUUUUUCCAGACUCUUGGAUCAAAGUGCUUGCACUUCACCUGGGCUGCCAGGGGUGCUGUCUCUUUGGAGGGGUUGGGACUGCAAGUGGUGGAAACACCAGAAGAAGCAGAUUUUAUCCUCGCGCACGGCACAGAGGCAGUGGGGGUCGCAGAAGCAGACAAACCCGCCCGCCCGGCCUCACUGGAUGAGCUGGCAGGGCUGAUGAGCCGGGCGGCGGAGGAGGGGCGGCGGAGAGGCAGGAUGAUUCCGAUGGUCGUGGCUAACCCCGAUAUAGUCACGGUGGAGGCUCGGGCUUUAAGGGUCAUGCCUGGGACUCUGGCUCGGGAGUACGAGGCAAUGGGGGGUGUGGUCAAGUGCAUGGGGAAACCAGAUUCU